AUGAAAGAUGAAGAGCGCGCUCAUCGUGACGCUUAUUUUCAAGAAGAGUUUGAGUCUCUGAAGAUAAGCGUGGCUCACCUCACUAGCGUACUCGAGCAAACACUGAGAAAUAACUAUGGUGAAGGUCCUUCUAACCGACCGGUCAACUUUAAUCAGACUUCAACAAUAGCUCAGCCCGAAGAAAGAAUGAGUGAACAUGGUCAAAGGCCUCAAUAUAAUCCAGCAUUUGUGCAGUUAACGACACCUGCAUCAGCCCCGGCAGUCAUAGAUGCAUUUGCCAAUGAAUCCCAUAAAGCCAAGUCAUCUUAUAGAAAUGACCAAGAUAAGAUGGAGGCGUUGGAAGCCAGAAUCAGAGUCAUUGAAGGGGUAGAUUUAUAUGAUCCAGUACGGGCAGCAAAGAUGUGUCUGGUCCCAAAUGUGGUUGUCCCGAAGAAGUUUCGUGUUCCUGAGUUCAUCAAAUAUAGUGGAACACAAUGCCCCAUAACUUAUCUCAAGUCCUACUGCAAUAAAGUGGCAGAAGUAUACAAGUAUAACAUGGACAUUGCUCCUGAUAGAACCAGUUUGUUCAAUCUAGAGCAAAAUGACAAAGAAAGCAUAAGGGAAUACGCUCAAAGAUGGCGGGAAUCAGCUGCUCAAGUACAUCCUCCACUUCUAGACAAAGAGAUGGUCACUUUAUUUGCCGUCACACUCAAGGCACCAUACUACGAGCAUAUGAUGGGAAGUUCGGUCCAGCAAUUCACUGACCCUGUAGUAGUGUGUGAGCAGAUAGAGCAAUGUGUCAAGAGUGGUAAAAUUUUGGUAGCCCCUGAGAAAAGAGGUUUCGAAAGGAAAGUGGUCAACCAUGUUGGAGAUGACUAUAAGGGUAGGAAAAACACAUUCCAAAACUAUCAUCCUCCAUCCCAAAUUACCAACAUCAACUCUUCAUCUCCCAUCAAAAGAUUUGAACCCCAAAACUUUCAAGCCAAAAGCCAAAUUAGAAAUUACCAAAAGGUCCAAGAACAACUACCUUCAUUACCGCUACCCCUGAAUGAGAUGUACCAGAAGUUAUUAAGCAUCGGACAGGUAACUCCCGAACCUCUCGCGCUUUUGCAGCUACCUUACCCUAGCUGGUACAAGCCAAAGCUCACUUGCGAAUACCAUGCUAAUGUUGUUGGGCAUAGCAUCCAUACUUACAACGCCUUCAAGAGAAAGCUUCUGCAAUUAAUCAAGGCAGGGUGGAUAAUAUUCGAAGACACUCCUAAUAUGAACACAAACCCUCUACCUAAUCAUGCUUGA